AUGGCUGAAGCAGACCCCUCCGCCAUGUCGGCCGCCACGGCGAUACCGUCUGCCCUCCCAGACGAGCACACCAUCCAGCCCGUCCCGACGGUGUGGGAAAUGCUUGUUGCUAAGGACUUCUUUUCUAUCGAGGCCAAGAUGGUUGUCAGUGCCAUCCUCAUCAUCUACGUCGGCGCACACGCCUCGCUACGCAGACCUCCCUCCGCGGCACCGCCCACCAAGUUGAAGAGGAAGGGCGGCAAACUGGUCGUCGAUGACGAAAAAGAGCAUUUUGCCCAAGGCUUUCAGGCCUCAGACGCUAUCGUUUUUCCCUUCAUCGCCGCUGCUGUCCUCAUCGGGCUGUACUACCUCAUCAAGUGGCUCCAAGACCCUGCCAUCCUCAACAUGAUCCUGAGACUGUACAUGGCCAUGACCGGUAUCCUGUCCAUCGGGGUCUUCUUUGGGGAUUGUUUUCAAUUCGCGCUGAAUCUCGUCUCGCCAGACUAUUGGGCCGACCGAAGGGGCCGCGUCUUCGAGGUAGAUACCGCCAGCCGCAGUCACAAGCUCUUGAAGGCUCCGCAGAAGGAGGGCUCGGAGAAAGAGGAUGACCCUAAGAAACACCUACCCCUUCCAGGCUUUGCUUCAGAGCUGAAUGUUCCUGCUAGCAUCCGGGAGUCUGCUUGGGUGUUCCGACACUUUCUAAAAGAAAGCUGUGUCUUGAAAAUCCGCGUCCCUGGCGACGGCUUUACGGGAGACGUCAAGAUUACCACGAUUGUCGGCUUCAUGCUUGGCUGUGCCGUCGAGGGCCUGUACUUGUACACCGAGUCAACGAUGCUGUCCAACAUAAUCGGCCUCUCAGUCUGCUACAUGGCUUUCAACUGGAUGUCUGUGACCUCCUUCUCCAUCGGAACCAUGGUCCUGGUUGGCCUGUUUUUCUACGACAUCGUCAUGGUUUUCUACACGCCCUUCAUGGUAGCAGUCGCCACGCAGGUUGACGCGCCGCUCAAGCUGACAUACGAGACUUCCGGGGGGAGGAGCAGCCUUCUCGGCCUCGGCGAUAUUGUCAUCCCCGGCAUCUUCAUCUGCCUGGCGCUGCGGUUCGAUCUGUGGAGGCAUUACCAGCGCAAGGUCACGCGCGUGCAACAGGAUCUCAAGACAGUCACCAAGGAUAACAAAGAAGAUGAGGCCGCUGGUGAAAACACGACCGCAGGCGAAAAGACCACGGUCCAGACCGCAUACCGCACUGUCAAGGCGCCCUUUGUGGAUCCUCGCGGCCAAUGGGGCAACUUCCUUUGGACCACGAGCCCGCGGGAUCUCAUGUUCGGACAAACCCCCGUCAAGUCCCUGUCUGACGCCGAUUUCCCAAAGACGUAUUUCCGCAACACCCUCCUGGGUUACCUGGUUGGCAUGUUGGCGACCCUUGUCGUGCUGGUGAUCUUCAAGCAUGGCCAGCCUGCCCUGCUGUAUCUUGUGCCUGGCGUGGCUGGUGCGGCAUGGCUUACUGGUCUGGUCAACGGUGACCUGAAGGACAUGUGGGAAUACACCGAGGACGGAAGCCUGGACGUGGAAGACGUUGUUGUUGAGGUUGACGGCGAUGGCAAUGUCAUCGAGAAGAAGAAAGCAGACUCGAAGGAGAAUGCUUCCAAAGACAAGGAUGAGGUGGAGGCGAAAGAGAAGAAGAAGGAGAAAUCGGGUGCGAAGAAGGAUAAGAGCGAUUACGAAUUGUUUACCUUCUCGAUCACCGUCCCUAGGGAGGACAGUCUGAAGGAGGACUAG